CCCCUCCCAAGACCUGCCGCGCCUGCUUUCUGUUGCCAGGGGAGCUGUUGCCAUAGGAGUUAUUUUUUUUUUUUUGGUCCGCGUGCGCAGGCGGAAGUUCCCGGAUCAAGGAGCCGCCAUCUUUCCCGGGCUGAGCUGAGAGAACAGAGAGGCUGAGCCGCUGGGAGACGUAGCGAACACAAUCGGCUUCCAUCCGCCCAGUAGAUCAUCUUUAAUCCCCGCUAGCCACCGUCAUGGAAGAGCGAGAGGACCUAGUGUACCAAGCCAAGCUGGCCGAGCAGGCAGAGAGAUACGACGGUAGGGAGAAAUCUGCCGCUAUUUUAUUCUUUCCAUCCCCCCCUUCACAGGUCGGCGGGCGGAGAGAAUGGAGGCGAGACAAAAUGGCGGAGGGGCUGGGAAGGCAGGGGAGGGUAGGACAAAGGAGACAGUGACCGAGCUCCGCACCGCGGGCCCCGGGGACAGGGCUCGGGGCUGGAGACGGCAGCCCGGGCUCGGGGGUGGAGGGGGGGCCGGCGGGGGGAUUCCGCCUGCAGUGUCCGGGCGGGAGGCAGGAAGAGAGCAGAGCAAAAUGGCGACCGCCGAGCAGGGCGAGCCCCGCGGGUGGAGGAGCAUGGCGGCACGGCUCCCCCGGUACCCCCACACCGGCUCCCACAUGAGGGGCGGCUCGGGGUGUGCUGGGGAGGGGCAGGAUCCGCAGUGAUGCAGCUCGGAGAUAACGAGACCUAUUAUUACCUGUGGGGGGGGUCUCAAUUAUUACCUGGGUGGGGGGAGGGGAUCUCAAUUAUUUCUUGGGGGGUCCCAUUACCUGGGGGGGAUCUCAAUUAUUACCUGGGAGGGGGUCUCAAUUAUUACCUGGGGAGGGGGUCUCCAUUACCUGGGUGGGGGGAGGGGGGUCUCCAUUAUUACCGGGGGGGAGGGGGUCCCCAAUUAUUACCUGGGUGGGGGGAGGGGCACCCCGUGUGUCCGCUAUCACCCUGGGAGUAAUGGCCGUACCUCGGCCGGUAACCCUGGGUGACAGCGAGCACACCGCCUCCCGGUACAGCCGGUCACCCUGCAGGGGGCUCCCAGCUGCGCAUUAUUCAUUAUAUUGGCAGCCUGUCCCGGGGGGCGCCCUGUGUGGUGGGGGGAGGGCUCCAUGGCGCCCCCAGUCGGUGGUUGCCGGCGGUAUGUACUGAUCCCGUAGUAAUACUCCAUGAUGGCUAUAAUGGGGCGCUCCCAGCCUGGCUCGGGGGUGGCAGCCCAUGGUACCCCCCAAAUGAUGAUGGAUUCCCAUCCUGUCUGGCUGCGCAUCAUGGGAGUUGUAGUUCAGUAUACUCUGGCUGCCAAGGUCAGCCAUUUGUGGGGGCUCCAGGGUUAAUUGGGGGGGACGAAGGCAGAGCCGGGAGCCCAAGGUUAUCUGUGUCCGCCCAGCCUCCUGCUUUCAUUCAUUGGGAAGGGCGAGGGUGACACAGGGCGGUGAUCGUGGGGUUUCAGGGAUUAUUACUGGAAACCCUUUCACUCGGUCGCCGGAUGGCGGCCACCGAAUGUUGCUGGUCACGGUGAUCUCAUUGGGGACACGGGGAGUCACCCUGCAAUCACUCGGCACGGGGGAUGGGAAUAGUGGGACGGGCUUCUCCGCCCAGGCCUAGCCUGAGGAGUGAUGUGGCCCGGUCCCAUUCAUUGCACCCGGACCGGUCUGUGAUCGGGCGGACACGGCUCAGCACGAAGGGCGGCUCCCGGCUAUAGGGUGGCAGCAGACCUUUAACCCACUCCGCGCCAUACACCCACCUCUGUUACUGCAAUGCUUUCUGCAGAAUGUCAUGGACAGAUUACAUGGCUCUAUCUGCUAUGAGAAACGUAGUAAGGGGGAUGGUGGGAGAGCCAGGGGCGGUUUCCUGAUAACUGACACAUCUCGGUACGACAUUAGUGUGACUGCAAGUGGAUUCAUUGUUUACUGGAGAAGACGGGAUUGCAUUGGAUAUGCUGUAGAGUAGUUGAUCAAUUUUUAAUCUUUUCAUAGGAAUAGCGUGAUGAGUAUACACUCCUGGGUACAUUUGAAGGUAUACGUCUCAUAGAAAUUACACCAGCAGCAAAGGGAAAUUGAUCAAUAGGCUGAUUUUUAUUUUUUGGUUCCGCAUAUAUUCUGAUUACCUGUGAAAACACAGGGCUUCAAUCCAAGUGCAUCCACCCAUAUUACCACACAAAACUAUUACUGAUAACCUAUUGUUUUGGAAAUGGUCAACAUUGAUCCGACCAGUAUUUAUUUUAGUUUUGUCCAUUUUUUUUUUACAAUACUUUCAUCCUUUUUGUAUUGCAAUUAAACCUAAGGGCUUCCUUCUACUUUUACAUAUUCUUCUUUUAUAUACAUUAUACCAGAAUUGGCUAAAAGAUAACAGGACUGGUAAAGCAUUGUGGGAGAUGUAUUACAUCACCUGUGAAUUUUGUUUGCCUUUUCUAUCUAUAGGAGUAUGCCCUGAAUAAUACAAUUGGCUAUAUACAAGAAGUGCAUCAUAAAUUGUGUCAAGCACAUAUGUAUCACUAUACAUUUGUAUUCUCCUCCUUUUUGCAAAUAUUACAAUUUUUACUUGUAAUCUGUUUUAAAAAACAAAACAAAAAAAAUUUAGUUAUUGACAUGGUCAACAUCUGCAUUGGUGUACAUUGGUAAAUAUCUCUUUAAAUCUAGACUUCAUUCUGGAUCUCACAGGGAUGAGGGACUCUUUGUAAGUGUUGGGUUAGACGAAUGAAUGACUUAGAUGCUAGUCUUUUCUUUUCUGAAUGUUUAGUUGAUUUUGCAAACCUCACCCAAACAUAUUUUACACAUUUUUGUAUAAGGAGCUAUAAAAUAAAUUUUAUGUAAAAUAGAACAAUGUUUUUGGAGCACGUUUACCUUUUUGUAUAUGAACAUACAUGGGUUAUUCUCUAACCCAGGAUUAAAGUGUUGACAAGGAAACUACUAAUUUUACAAAUAUUCCAAAGACCAAACAGUUGAGAUGGAAAAAUUCUCUUCUGGCCUUAAACCUGCAAUUCCCUGGUAAGUUCCUGGCUUGGUAAAUAGAAGACCAUUAAACUCUUAUGAAGGUGGGAAAAUUAUCACUUGGUUUUUGGAGUUCAGAUUUAUUCACAUAUGGAGUCACAGUUACCUCAUCAAAUUGAUGUAGAGUGUAGGACUGGGAAAAUAGAUCGUUGUAAGAUCCCAUGUUUGCAAAGGUGCUAUGCAAACAGUUUAAAAGCUGGGAUCUUCAAGAUUAUUUCUUAUAUUCUCUGUAAGUGGUGAGUGUUAGCUGUCUAAGCUGCUGUAAUAAAGAGGUAUGAAAUGGAGCCAGGCAUCUGGAUAAACUCCUAAUCUGUCUCAAAAUUAACUGCUAAAUACUGCACUCCAGACUUUCAAUUAUUGACAUCGUUAAGACUUCCUAAAGAUUACAUAACACCAAAACCAAUUCAUGAAAUAUAUAUUCCAAUUAGUUUACCAUUUAUAUUGAGGAUCAAGUUACUGAAGGGAAAAAAAUAUUUAAUUGCAUAAACUAGCUCAUAGUAAGCUUAUACAAAAAAAUUAAAAUUACACCCAUGUUUUAAGAAGUUUACAUGGGCUGAUAAUUCCUCCGAGGUUUUCUUGGAAUCCUUGUGAUCUAUAUCCUUGCAGUGUAAGAUUUUUCAAAGAGCAUGUUUUACACAAGAAAAGGGAUGACAAAAGGGAGGUCUGGCAUAGGGUGGUUUGUCAUUAGUCAGACCUCCCACACUAGAAUUGUAAUUUGUCUGACUUUUUACCAAAAAAACAAACAUUGGACUUGCAAUUCGUAUUGCAGAUCACUAUUAUAUUCCUUAAUUUACAAUUUUGUAUACAUUAAGUCACCAAACAAUCUAGAAUAUUGUUUUUAUUAAUUGAUACCACUCACCAAAAGUCUGGGUUUUUUUUUUUUUUUGUAUGUAACGAGAGCAUAUUUGUCUUUAGCAGGGUAGGCAACAUUUGGCACUGUUUGCCAACGUUGCUGUAAUAGCAGUUUGGGAGAUGUAGUUUAUAGCAUCUGGAGUGCCUAGUGUUUACCUCUGGUCUGCGGUAUAGGAAUUCAUAAGUUACUAUUGUGCAUCAUCUGCUUACAUCAACAAGUUAUGUGGGAGAUGUCCACUUUGGGUACAGUAAUUAUGAGAGCAUGUUUCCACAAUACUCCUAGUAUUCCCAACUCUAUCAAUAAGCAGGCAGGCCUUGUGUUUCAGGCUUCAUCCUGCAUUUCUGCAGGCACCCUUGGCAAUGGCGUGCACUCCUUUUAGACACAGGGUUUUUAAACCAAUGCUUGAGAUCCAAAAGAACCAGUGACCAAAAACCAAUCCUGAACUGUUUUGACAGGACCAUCAGCAUGCUUCUGGUUUUAAAAUGGCACUGUUGCUGAAAGGAACUUUCCACUAAAGGUAACUACUCUAAAACACUGCUUAUCUGUGUUCGUUAGCUGAGAAUUGUGGAAACAGAACGCCUUGGCUUUACUGUGCCCAAGAAGAAUUUUUCCUAAAGUCCUACUUGAUAUAUCUAGACCAGAGGUUCCCAAAAGGUAGAUUCACAGAUUUGUUUUUAAACUACAUCUUCAAUGAUGCUUUAUCAUUCUAAAGGAUCGCUAAAGGCAUGCAAAGCAACAUGGGAGUUAGUGUUCUACAACAUUUGGGGAUCUACCUUUUGGGCACCACUGAUUUAGACUAUAUACUGUGGUAAGUUUUAACUUUCUAUAGUAUAUAGAAUAUAUGUAAGCUGACUCUAAUGACCGGAGGUCUUUUGACUGACAUGCCACUCAUAUGUAUGGUCUCAACAUGACAAUUCCUUAUUCAUUGAUGCCAUCUAUUUCGGUUUACCACAGUAAAUCAGCUGUCUGAAUUGGGGCGCUUGGGUAAUACUCUCCCCCUACCAAACCCCAAUUAUUGAAGGGAAACUUUGUGAAGUUAAUAAUUAUUAUAUAUAUCUAUAUCUCUAUCUCAAAUCUAAAACUCUUGCACUCCAACUUUAAAAGUUAUUACCCGGUGCCAAGUCACAGAUAUGAUAUAAAUAUGAAAAAAUACCAGCACUCCAGGCUUUCAAAGACUACUUGUUUAUUGACUGUUAAUCCAGGUCAAGUGUGUGUGUGUAUUUGGCAUUAUUUUUAUUUAUUUUUAGAAAGUGAUUAUCAAACACACAUAAAAUAGUAAUAUCAAUACAGAUCGGUUUUAUUGUCUAAUCACAAACGCUGAUAAAUAAAAAGUGAAAAGGAGCUGUGAUGUGAUGUAAAACCAUCACCAUAAAAUGUCACUUGCCGUAUUAAAAUUUAUUGGCGAGGAAAGAUCCACUUCUUCUGAAUUUAUUUAUAUAGCGCCAACAGAUUCUGUAGCGCUUUACAAUAUAAGUUACAGGAAUGAUAGGUUGAAGAGGACUCUGCUCAAACAAGCUUACAUUAGAUUUGAUUAUCCACUGAACUGUGCUGAAAAUCAGCUACACACAGCGUAGUGUUGUAUGAAAUUAGAAAAUGGAAAGGUGGUGUUGCACUCACAAUUAAAGGAAGAUUAUAGUCACCAGAACUACAGCUUUAUGUAGUGCUUAUGUCUAUAGCAUAUCCCUGCAUGCUUUUAUUGUAAAUACUGCCUUUUGUGAGGAGAUGGUGAUUGGUGCAGCAUUGCAUGCGCCAUAGCCUCCCAAUGCUUUCCUAUAGGGAGGUAUUAUGAGGUCAAAGUUUUAUUCAAAUAUUCCCUUUACAGGGUAUAAUAAUGGAUCAGGUAUAUUCUUCUGUAUCCAUUUUAAGAAUAUAUGAAAACAGAGUGCUCUGUCUGAAGAAUAACAUAACCAUGCAUAUGGAAGGCAGGCAGCAGAAAUCUGGAAGGACAGAAAAUAACUUUAAAAUCUUAAUAAAAAAUCUCAAUACUGGGAUGUGAGAGUUGUACAGAUGAAACAUUGAUUUGUUGUAACCUGUUGUCCUCACUUUAUUUUUAUGUACUGUGACUACAAAAUGUCCUGUGUGAUGUUUAUGAUUGGUCAAACUUUCUAGUUUGAUUUUGUUCUUCUUGAUAUGUCUUUUUAUAAAACCAAUAAAUAUUUUUACUAUGAAGGAAAGAGAAACUGGAUAAAGAACUUUCUCAGGGAUCCGAUCAUUUUUAACUUGGAGUCCAUUGUAAUAUUGACAAAUAGCACCUCCAAUUGCACAAUUUGUGACAGUUCCUCUUUAAUACAUCACAUUUGAGGAUGUCCAGCGUCCGGUGACAUAAAGUCGGUAAGAUCCUACAAGGCUGUCUUAGUUUCUCUAAAAUGGCAAUGAUUUCCAUUGCAGGACUGAGUGAUAUGGGUACUGCACUCUGAUUACUUCACUAAAAUGAAGUGGUCUGGGUGCCUAUUUUGUCACUUUAAGGAAAUGUAUGUGGGAGGGGUCAUAAAUCUUAACUUUGGCCUGCAGCUGCUGUUAUAUUCUCACCUAACAACCCCUCCUGCCUUUGUGUUUUUAGAAAAAUAAUUCAUGCAGUUUGACAGCAAUAAAGUAGUGUAUAAAUUAAUAUAAUUGUGUUUUGGAGUGCCACUUGAAUCCUUAGUCAUCCCUAAAAGUAAGCAUUUUUCUGAAUAAACACAAACAUAGCGGUGUAAUAAAACGGCAACAUGGCUCAAACAUGGGAACGCUGAGGGUCUCUUAUUUUUCUUCAUAUUUUAUAGUGCGUUUAGUCUGUCAGUGAAUAUAUUUAUACUGAUGAAUAAUGCACCCUAGAAAAACAAAUGUUUAGCUCUUGGUAUUGCGGUUCUCUAAUAUACUCUGCUAGCUAACUGAGCCAUAUGGAAACUGUAGGCCUUAGCAGCUGUAGUGUGAAGGGUUAGUCAUUGCUGUCCAUAAGGCAUAAUUAUACCCAAGAAACAAAUUUUACAAGUUCUUAUUUAAACACCCCCCCCUUCUUUAUCAAGAAAUACCAGUAAAUAAGAACAUGCAAUAGUUAGUAAAUAUAUACAGAGCAUGACUGCCACAGAGGCAAACAAGGAACAAAACAAAGUUCCCAAAAGUAUAGGUGAGCUAUGGCCACCCCCAAGAAGUGCUAAACAUUAAACAAAUAGUACCUAGAGGGUGGAGUGGUAAAAGGUAAUAUGGCAAAGUCGUGCUUGCAAGUAUCCCAGUGGAGUAAGCAUACUAAAGAAAACAUAACUAGGAGAAGAUCCAAAUUAAGACCCUGUGGAGAAAAUAGAUGUAAUAUUUUUAGGUAACGUUCAGUGCUUUAAUUUAUAGCAGCAGUCAACUUUUCCAUUCUGAUCAGCUAAUAGACUGUAGCAUCUACCUGAGUGUGGUGCUCCUUUCUUGUAUUUGUCUAAACCGAAGUCCUGUAAGCUUUAUUUAUCUGAUUAUUUAUUUAUAUAUAUAUUAUCUUCAUGAAGAGGCCCUCCCAUUGGCGUCUAAUCCUGGGACAGGACCAUUUGUUGUUGUGCAAGUACAUAACUUUCUCCCCACAACCUUGAAAAUAAGUGGAGACAAUGCCUUGACUAAUUUUAGCUAACCUAGAAGGGUGACUAUACCAGCGUGAUAUUUUCCCUAACCGUCAUAGAGGUUGUGAUGUGUAUUGUAGAUGUUGGACCACAGAUGCUCCACCCAUUUGAAGGUGUAGACUGGUCUGGUUAAGAUGUGGAAAUUAAGUGAUACUAUUGCCACAAUAUGAGCCCUAUUCACUGUUUAAAAAAAAAAAAAAGGCAAAAUGGUUUAAAAAAUAUAUAUAUAUAUAUAUAUAUAUGUAUGUAUGUAUGUAUGUAUGUGUAUAUAUAUAUAUAUAUAUAUAUAUAUAUAUAUAUAUAUAUGUGUAUGUAUGUAUGUGUGUAUGUAUAUGUAUAUAUAUAUAUAUAUAUAUAUAUAUAUAUAUAUAUAUAUAUAUAUUUUUUUUUUAAUAGUGACUUAAUGGGAUAAAGAUGCAAAUGGGUUUUAGUUAGCCAUUUGGUAUAUGAUUCUUUGAUUAAAACCGCCAAUGCCCAUGAUUCAUUUAAUGAAACCGAUGGCAAGCGCCCUUUUUUUUUUUUAAUUAAACAGAUAGCCGGGGAAUCGUGGGAGUUGUAGUUCAAAACAUCUGGAGGACGCAUGUUGUGCAGGCCUGCUAUAGAGGAUCCAGUGGAGUCUUGCCUAGACCUGUCUUGCACUCUGACAUUGCCAUUUUAAAGGGACAGUUGUGGUGCCAUGAGUCCCCAGGGCGCGUUCUUACCAUCCGUUAUUAAACUGUACUGGAACAGUUUAACCCUAAAAGGUAAUAAUGUGACCAGGGACACAUUGACAAUGUAACACCUUCAUUUAGAUGAAGUUGUUAUGGUGCCUGGAAUUUUUCUAUAAGCGGCCAGGAACUGCAACGUGGUCUAUUUUGCAUUUUGAAUGAAUCCUUUGUCUCCUAAGUUCCAUUUAGUUCUUUAUUUACAUAGAAGUUGAUCCAUUACAAAAAAGAAAAUAAGAUGUAGGGGGCUUAAAGGAUCACUAUAGGGUCAGGAACACAAACAUGUAUUCCUGACACUAUAGUGUUUAACUCACCAUUUAGGUGGGUUGCCCCCCUAGAAAAGUUUGAAACGCAACCUAAUUCCAGCGCCGCGGGGUCCGCCCCUUUGUGACAUCAUCAAAAUGGCAUUGGAUUGGCUAAAUUCGGCAUGGGGCGGGGCCAAAUGCCGUUUUGGCCCGUCAGGACCUCCUCAUAGAGAUGCAUUGAAUCAACGCAUCUCUGACGAAAAUUCAGCGUCUCCAUGCAGAGCGUGGGGAUGCUGAACGGCAGGGCUGCGUACUGUGCAGCACUGCCCCAGGAAGUCCCUCCAGUGGCCAUCUAAGGAGUGGCCACUUGGAGGUGACCCUAGGAGCAAUGUAAAGUGUUUACAUGAAAAUGCCUGCAUAUAAUGAUUAUACUCACCAGAACAACAUUAAGCGGUAGUUGUUCUGGUGACUAUAGUGUCCCUUUAAGGAAAGGAGAACUGGAAGAUAGGGUUAAAAAUAAAUAAAUCUUUACCUCCUCUCAAGAGUUGAUGCUGCCAUGCUGCUGUGAUUUUGAAUGAUACAAAAUAGCACCCACCCCUUUCUCUCCUAGUCAAUUAUAGUUCUGUUGGAACGUUUCCCAAAGCAAGGUGUAAGGUGACAUCUAUCUAUUCCUUUAUUUGUCAUGCAAGACACAUUUUUCCAUUGGAAUAUUCACAGCCGCUACAUAGAAGGAAAAUUAUGUAGACCAUUAUUUCCUCUUGUGAAGAAGCAUUUUAAUUUUCUUAAAGAAACACUCUAGUGUCAGGAACACAUGGUUGAGAUCUUCAGUCUUGCUGUUCUCCGUCAAACCAAUGCUCUUUCAUAGGAACACAUUGGGAGGCUAUUGCGCAUGUGUGGAAAAACUCCACACUGCACCAGUCUGCAUCUCCUCCUAGAGAUGUGUGAAGUUAAUUCAUCCCUAUGGGGAACUUUCAGAGUAAUGCCCGUGCAGCACUGACACAGGAAGCCACACUAGAGGCGUUACUACACAGUAGUGUGUACAUUGAAAAGCCCGCAGGGACAGGCUAUAGACACCAGAGCCACUACAUUAAGCCGUAGUUGUUCUGGUGACUGUAGUGUCCCUUUAAGUACCAUCGUAACUACUUAUAGUAGUAAUUAUGAUGCAUUGGAAACUAUUGGUGUCAAAGCAUAUUGAAUUGGUUAAAGUCGGAAGAUUCUAAUUUCUACUUGGGAUGCUUUGAGCAAGUUUCACUUCCUUGUUCAUCGAAAACCUUUUUGUGAGUAAGCAGGUCAUAAACCCUUUCAGCAUCCUCAUAUUGACAUAGACUGCUCAGUAAUUUAUUUAUAUAUAUAUAUAUAUAUAUAUAUAUAUAUAUAUAAUCUCUCUAUCAGACUUCCAGGUAUUUGAGAGGAGAGUGCAGAACUAGUUCAAAAUUAUUUUUAUUAUUAAUUUAUUUUUUUAAAUACAGCAGAAGGCUUGGCUGGGAACUAUUUUGCAAAUACUCUUGCUGCUGACAAUCACACAACAUUGUUUAUUAUAUAUUGUACAAUUGAUGCCUAGGUUUUGAACAUUGAAUUUCAAGUCUUGUUUGUCCUACUUUAAAGGGCCACUCCUUUCUCCAUGUAGACUUUUUGCAACUGUUUUAUCAUGUCAGGGAUGUGCAGCAGUGACAUACAUAUAUACAUACAUACAUUCAUUCAUUCAAACACACACACCUAUAUCUUAAAGGAACACUAUAUGGUCAGGAACAUAAACCUGUAUUCCUGACCCCAUGUUGUUAAAACCACCAUCUACCCCACUUUACCCUACUAAAUAUAGUAAAAUCUUGUAUUCAAGUCUGCUUCCUGUGCCACUGAACUACCUCGGUCUGCUGACAUCAUCCGAAGUGGUGGCCUGAGCCAAUCACAAGUCCCUACCCUGGGGUAACUUUGUGUUGUUGCGACCAGCUGCAAGACAGGAAAGAUAUUUCCUGUCUGAUUCUUGUCUUCCCUCCCACUGCCGAUCGCGUGCUCCAGCAGGCCAGCCAAUACUCUUCCCUCCUGCUCGCAGUGCCAGAGGAGCAUCCGGCCUGCUUGAGAAGGGCUGGAACUGGAAGACAGGCGGCUCAUCUUAAGGUGGAGUAAGAGGGGCUUGGGGACCUUCCUGUGUAGUGUGCUAAAUUGGGAAGGGGAGGCGGUGUAUUUAUUUGAUGGCAGGACAGAGCAGUGUAUAAAAUUGGAGUGGAGGGAGGGAUUUGUGGGCAGUAUAUUGGAUUUAUUUGCAGUUUAUUAGAUUGGGUCUGCAUGGAGGCUCUGAACGCUCCCCAUGGAGAUGCUGAUUGGCCCCACAGCUUUUUGCCUACCCAUGCUUUCCUAUGGGAAAGCAUUGGAUUGGCUGCAAUCACGUUUCAUGAUCUCAGCCAAAGUGAAGAACACACUCAUAGGACUUCAAAAUAAACAAGGUAACGUCAUUAGUUUUUUACAGCUGUGCAACAGCAUACAUUCGCCAUUUCCGUCCCAUUACCAAACUCUUCUUAAUAUGUCAAGGUAGUUGGGCUGAUAAAUUGGUUAUAUGCAUGUCUUCUUAAAAUUAGAUCUUUUGUAUAAUUUGAAGCCCUAUGAGUGUGAGGACUUCCUGUGUCAGGCAACAUUUUUAUACUGUACUUUUCUAAAUAAACCUAUGUUUCUAUGAAAACUGAAGUUUCUUUUUGGGUUUUUUUUUUGCAGCCCACGUAAACUUAAGUCUGGUUUAUUUGGCCUGUGUUAACCUUUGAGUUUGACAUGCUUGCUUUACACUAUAGUUCCUUAAAAUUUCAACAAUCAAGAUUCGACCUUAUUGCAAUACAGUGAGUGUUGCUUUAGACUUCUUUUGUGCAAAAAUUCUAUACUAAAACCUAGUUCGACUAAGGGCAAGCAUUGAACAUAAGAUGCUUACACGUGUUGCUCCACUUUUACGCUUUUCCCUAUUGAUAUUGAUGUACAUAAUCCCACUGUGCUCUUUUGUGAUGGACCUAAUGUGUUAUUGCUUAUUUAUAACUUGUAUAUUUUAUUUUAGAAAUGGUGGAGUCAAUGAAGAAGGUGGCAGGAAUGGAUGUGGAAUUGACGGUAGAAGAAAGAAACUUGCUUUCUGUUGCAUAUAAAAACGUAAUUGGGGCUAGAAGAGCGUCCUGGAGAAUAAUCAGCAGCAUUGAACAGAAAGAGGAGAACAAAGGCGGAGAAGAUAAACUUAAAAUGAUCAAAGAAUAUCGACAAACGGUAAGGCUUUCUGUUUAUUUUAUUAAAAUACAAUUGUCUCUUCAGGGCCAGUGGCAUGUUAGGCUGGUGACAAUCACAUAUAAUGUGUCAAAAAGGUAUCCUGGAACUAAAAUAUUCUAGUACAUGCUAACAUUUAGGACUACAGCUACUGAGUACUAAAUUUCUUAUGGAGAUCAAGUUUUUGCAAAGUGUUAUGGGGAUUGUAGUCCUGACAGCUAAUGUGCCAGGUUAAGACACCGCAAUUGCAUUUCCAACAUUUUAUUUAAUUUAAUUUUUUUGAGCUAUUGAGCAGUCGUAUCUGGUUUUCUUGCCAGUUAAGUUUCUUUAUAUGAAAACCAGCUUGUGAUAAUGUGAAAUUUUAGAUUUUGAAAUUUAAAACUGGUGAGCUUGGGGAAAUGGGUAUAAAUAAUAGGGAGCCGCUUUGUCCAGCCCUGUAAAUAGCUGUCAAUCAUGAGAGGAUUUAAGAGAAAAGGGCAGAAGAUUUAAGAGAAAAGUUCCACGAUUUGUCAGUUGUGAUAUGGUGUUUCCCCUUUAUAACUUAUUUUUAUGUUUGUGCAAGUUACUAGAAAGCGUUUAAUUGACUGAACUGCUGUGGUUUGUUUGGCAGUGCCCCACAACUGGGCUAAAUUUAUUGAAGUGACCUUAUGCACAGUAGCCAUGAUUGUAUAGUGCGUAAACCCAAUCGAGCAUUAUGAUUACCCUGUGUAUAGAAUGCAAGUCGGCUUGAUUUAUUUUUGAAUUUUAGGAAUAAAGUUGGACUUGCAACUUUUGAUUUGAAGUUAGCUUGUGUUUACAUAUUAAAGGGACAUAUAUGAAGGCUUUGUUUACUGUUAAGAAUGGGAUAAGAUUGACUUAUCUCCAUUUUACAAAAGGGGCAGCAGCUCACGAAUUAAAUGCAGGCCCAUUCUAGAACUGUGCUGAAAAUGUAAUUAUACUACAGGGCAACGUUAUGACUUUAAAAAUUAUGCUUGCACCCUUUUUAAAGGGACACUAUAUAGUCACCCAGACCACUUCAGCUCAAUGAAGUGGUCUGGGUGCCAGGUUUUAACCCUUAAGAUGUAAACCAAGCAGUUUCAGAGAAACUGCUAGGUUUACAUUGCAGGGUAAAUUUUGCCUCUAGCGGCUGUCUUCCUGACAGCCACUAGAGGCGCUUCAGCGACACUGGAUGCGAAAAUUGCAUCCAGUGUGCAGAAUGUCCAUAGGAAAGCAUUUAUCAAGGUUUUCCUAUGGACUGUUUGCGAGCGCGGCUCUUGACGCACAUGCGCAUUCCGCUACACUCGGGAGCUGACGUUGGCGGGGGAGGAGAGGUCACCAGCGCCGAGGGAUGGUGCUGGAUUAAGGGGGGGAGAGAGGGGUUAUUUUCCUGACACUAUAGUGAUCCUUUAAAGUCUACAAAAGGAACAUGAUUACGAUUAAAGGAGCACUAUUUAAAUUUAUCUAGACUUCUAAAUUCUCUGCCCCUUUUUUUGUGCACGUUUAUAGUUUUUUGUAUAAAAUAAAUGACAGAAUGUUGCACCGUAAGCCUGCAUGUAGCCGUGCCCUCUCAUACCAGAAAAAUGUAUCUUAUCAUAGGUAUGCAAGUAAGUCUGACACUGACAGUACUAAAUGAUCUGAACUACAAAGCAACCUGCAUUAGGAUAGGAAUCCCAGUGAGGGAUACAGUAAGGUUAUUACUACCUGUUCUGUUUACAGCCAGGUUGUGAAAUUAAAGGCCGCUCACUCAGUGCAGUUGUGGAUGACUGUGUGAAUAUCUUUGCUAAGAAAGUCUUUAUGGCAUGAGGGGCGUGGCAGACUUCUGGUGCAGCAUUCUGCAAAAUAUUUGUUGGGUUUUUGUACGCAAUUCACAAACAUUUAAACAUGCAAAAAUACAGUAUGUUAAUCAGGCCAAAACCUAUCAAAUGCACUAAAAUUAUAUUGGUCACUUCAGUAGCGCAGAUUGCCUCCUCUCCAAUAGUCCAAUCCAAUGCUCCUCAUGAGUGCACCCAAGCUUCCCCAUAGGAAGCAUUAAAUCCAUGUUUAGCUAUGGGGCAUCCGUGUCAGAAGCUUUUAUAUUGGUGGAUUUAACCUUCCAUUGCGUGGUUCAAACUUCAUUUGGGUGGCAUGGGUAACUUAAGUGGUUCUUCAAACUCUUAUUCCAACCCUGGGACAGACUCCUCACUACUGCCAGAUCUGCUUGCUGUGAGCUGAAGCUUGAUGAUCUACCCAAUCAAUUGCUACUCCUGUAGGAGCAAGGCAGACUUAUGGCAUUUGCACGGCAGUUGCUGCAAUCCACUGUUCCAACACUUCACUAUGGGCAGCAUUGAUUAAAAUAUAUUUGCUGCGUUCAGUGUCUUCAUACAAUGCAUAAUGUCAAAGAAUAUGGAGGAGGAUUUUGCUUUAUUAGCAGUCUGGUUGACACUAGAGGCAUAGUUUUGGACAAAUAAAAAAACAUUGCUGUUUCUCAGACAAAAGGGACUUUUAUGUACCAAACACAGUACAUUAAAAUAAUGCACCAUUGCAAUGGAGCCGUUUUGAAACUUGCAGUGAUUUGAAGAGCAGCAUCCAGCAGACUUAAGGUGAGAAGUCAAACUUCUUACAUUGGAGGGGGGUGUCAGGGCAUUCUGACACAUGCCAUUGCAGCAUGCUGGAUUGGUUUCAUAGCGUGGUCUGUUCCUUUAAUAUUCAGAAUUCGGUGCUUGGUGUUUUAUGUACUUUUUGACCUGUUGAAACAAGGAGACAUAUUUAAACUCUUAGUGAGCAAUCCUUUUAAAUGUGUGCGAUGCUUUGAUGCAGUUGAUCUUUGAACUCUUCAGCAAGCAAUGAUGGUCUUUGCAGUCAUAAAAAAAUAAAUAAUGGUUUUAUAUGAGCUGGAAGUGCCAAAGCCUACUUUUUAAAUUCCUUAAUACUGACCAGGCAGAUGUACAAACAAGGUGUACUAAGAGCAAGCAUGUAAAGCCUGAAGAAAUGAGUAUACAUGUUGUGCAAUUGUGAAAGACGUUUCUCCAUUGUAAACAAGAUUUAAAGGGACACUCCAGGCACCAAAACAAAUGCAUCUAAAUGCAGCAUUCUUGCCUCCAGUGGCGGUGUCCACUGUUCCAGGCAGCAUCUGGAUUCUGGAAUUCCACUUUCUGGAGACAUGGAGCGCUGCAGGGCGAGUCACCCGAAUGCCAAUAAGCACCUGCCCAGCCGGCUGGAGGUAAGAAUGCCCCAUUUGGGUGUAGUUGUUUUGGGUCCUGGAAUGCCGUUAAUAGUAAAACAAAAAAGGCUCUCGGUUCAAGAACACACAGAGAAAAUACAAUUAAAAAAAUAAAAUAAAAGGUAGGAGAGGCCUCUGUUGGGCAAUCACAAUUUAUUCAUUGCUUUCAUAUGGGGGAGGAGGGGGCCCUAAUACGACCAAAAGUCCGGUAAGGUCCCAUAAGCAGCAAUGGAAAAUAUUGCAGGUUUUCAGUCUUGGUGCUGCAAUGUAAAACAUUUCAGUCUGUAAGUGUGACUGCAUCCAGACCACUUCAAUUAACUAUUCUCUCUUUAAAUUCAAACCCAGUCAAAAGAUGUACAGAGACACUUUGUCUCUGUAUUUCUCCUCCACUUAACUUUCUUAGGACAUCCACCCCACCCCCUUUAAGUAGUGGAAGCUGCUUGAGCACCAAUGACUUCACACUGUCCAUUUUGCUUAUCGAUUUAGAUAAUUUGGUUCAUUCUUCUUUACAAAGCUCUCGUUGCGGUCUAUAUUUCAGGGCCGACAUUCCACUAGAAUUUAAUUUGGUCAAAUUCAGGAUUUUGUGUUGGGUGGCCCAUAUUUUGUUAAACUAUACCUUAUAAACUUACUACGCUCUGUCUCCUGUACGCUUUGCUUAUGUAGUACGGAAAUAAUUUAUCUUGGAUUCCAAUAUAGUAAUCUUACUUAUCCUUGCCAACUUCUAUUGUAAACCUUUUCGAACACUCUUAUAACAUUUUAAUAUGCUUGUACAGGAACACUGUAACGUUAAGGAUACAGAUCUGUAUUUCUAAUGCUACAGCUCUGAUGCCCUUUGCCAACUGUUUUAGAUUUUUUUUUUUUUUUGACUCCUCUUUUCUCAGCGCCUUGUCUAACCCCGCCUCCUCCAUAGGAGCAUCGGGGAACUUAGGCGCAUGUGCGACAUUCACUCAAUGCGCCUACAAUGAUUCCAUAGAGAUUGUGCAUGGUAUUACAGUAUAAGAGCUGGGAAGUAAGUUUCCUGGUUCUUAUACCCAGAAGACUGAGGCAUAACUUGAAGCCACGCUCCAAAGUCUUCUAUUUAGUGAGGUAAAGAGUCUUGAGGAGUAGGACAUGGGGCUGGACUUCAGGCAUUAUAACAACUUCAGUAAGGUGAAGUUAAAGGGACACACUAGGCACCAAAACAACUUUAGCUUAAUGAAGCAGUUUUGGUUUAUAGAUCAUGCCCCUGCAGUCUCACUGCUGAAUUCUUUGCCAUUUAGGAGUUAAAUCACUUUUGUUUAUGAACCCUAGUCACACCUCCCUGCGUGUGACUUGCACAGCCUCCCUAAACACUUCCUGUAAAGAGUCAUCUACAGUCUAUCCUUCCUUUAUUGCAAGUUCUGUUUCAUUUAGAUUUUCUUAUCCCCUGCUAUGUAAAUAGCUUGCUAGACUCUGCAAGAGCCUCCUGUAUGAUUAAAGUUUAAUUUACAGAAAGAGAUGGAUUAGUGGAUUGAGCAGUGAAAUCAGAGGCAUGAUCUAUACACAAAAAGUGCUUCAUUAAGCUAAAGUUGUUUAGGUGACUAGUUUUCCUUUAAUACAUUGUACAGGUUGUCAACUCAUUGCCCAUCCUAGCAACCCUGAUAAAUGGCAAGUAAACCGUUUAGUGAUGCCGAGCCUGCCAGCAGCAUCCUCCUUUAGCACCCUCUUUCGUUACUGGUGCGUCAUCUUGUAUGAGCCAACACGGUGUACCGAGGAUGCCACAGGAUUUGGCUUGAUAGCGAUCGCACCUCCCCCUUAAAAAAAAAAAAAAGUUUUUUUUUUUCAACGUAUGAAAAAUACUUGACAAAGCAGUAGGAGGGGGGGGUGACAUGUUAAAGGAUCACUAUAGUGCCCUGAGGGUGCCCCCACCCUCAGGGUCCCCCUCCUGCCAGGCUCUGGGGAGAGGAAGGGGUUAAAACCUUACCUUUCUCCAGCGCCAGGUGGGGAGCUCUCCUCUCCGCCUCUUCUCCUCCUUUUCGGCUGAAUGCGCAUGCGCGGCAGGAGCUGCGCGCGAAUUCAGCCAGUCUCAUAGGAAAGCAUUCAAAAUGCUUUCCUAUGGACGCUUGUGUCUUCUCACUGUGGUUUUCACAGUGAGAAGCACGCAAACGCCUCUAGCGGCUGUCAAUGAGACCGCCACUAGAGGCUUUAGUAACCCAUUUAUAAACAUAGCAGUUUCUGUGAAACUGCUAUGUUUAAAAAAAAAAAUGGGUUAACCCUAGCUGGACCAGGCACCCAGACCACUUCAUUAAGCUGAAGUGGUCUGGGUGCCUAGAGUGGUCCUUUAAGUCUGCUGUAAUAGAACCUGCCAUGGAAUCUCGAUGCAGACUCAAUAAGGUCAAUUUGCUUGUCCCUAUGUAUGUUUGCAGUUUAGGAAGAGCUUGACCAUUUUUGGUAGCCUAUUUGGAGCUGGUGUUUAUAGGUACCCCAUUUUCCAUUAUUACAUAGUGAUGGCUAUUUUCAAUAAAUGGGUUAUUAGGGCAGUGUUUAUAAAGGGCUCUAGGCAGAAAUUACACCUAACACUUUGAAUUUAUCAGCCUGCUUGUAUGCAGUGAUAUGGAGAAAUCAAAGGAUGAUUUCCUUUGAAAAGCCCAUAUAAACUACACCGCAUCAAAAACACUUUGAAGCAGUUCUGCUCCUGAAAUAGAUGCAAUAUUCCAUGGCACUCCGACCUAGACUUUGUCGGGAGCUUGUCAUAUGAAGCAGGAGCAUUGAGACAACCUUUUCGCUUGUUGGCCACUAAUGACAAACUGCAGACCUUCUUGUAACUCACAAACACCCUUGUGCCAUUGACAGUUGAACAGCUGUAAAUGAAUGGAGUUUGUGAAUGCCCAUCUGUGUGUAGAUAUUUGCAUCAUUAUGAGUUUCCAAUUGGGUACGCUGGUGUUUUAGUGUUUUUGAAUGUGUUGAGUGGGAAUUUCUAAAUAUAUGAUAUGCAUUUUUAUUAAAAAUUGUCUGGCUUAUACUGGCUUAGGUUUGGGGCGAAAGUGGCAAAUCUUUUUAAGAAAGGACUUUGGGAUCAGAAGUUUGAUCUAUCUGUUUAUGGUUAGAAUUGAAAUGUUUAAUUGAAAAUAUGCUGUGGAAGUCUAUUUUUAUUUUGCUAGAUUUUCGUAGUGUACCUUUUUCAAUCUAUUUUUUGUAUUUGGUUUUGGAGUUGGUUGAGGUUUAAUGUUUAUGGGUUAGCAUUAAAUGUUGUUGGAACAUAAGAUAUUAAGUGUGUGUGUGUGUGUGUGUGUGUGUGUGUGUAUAUAUAAAAACAAAUAACAAACAAGUUUGCUUCUGUUGAGCAGUUCCAAUAUAACAAAUUGGAUAACCAUGAAAAGAAAAACUAGGGUUAGAAGUAAAUGGCGCAUGUAAGUGAGUUGUAUGCAGUGACCCAAGAAUGAAAAAUGUAGUCUGUAUUUGGCAUUGCAUUGUGUCUUAACAGCAAUAACAAUCAACCAGAUCCAUUCUAAAUGAUAGUGCAUAGAACUUGCAAUGGCCAGCCAAAGCUAGGUUGAGAUAUAUACCAAUGCUUCCCUAAUAGCUGAGGGUACGACAGGAUUAGCAUUUUAAGGUAAGGUACUCCAGGCCCCAUAAGUUGAGUUGUUAAGGAGUUAAACUGCUCGUUUAAAGGGACAUUAAAGGCACCCAGACCAUUUAAUCUCUGUGCAGUGCCCCUGUUUUAACUUUUUUUUUUUUUUUUUUUUCUGCUGUUUUCAUAGCCUGAUUAAACAGAACCCUAGUUGUUUUCCUGACAGCUGCUAGUGGGGCUUCUAUUCUAAUAAGAGUUAGACUAUGUUAUUCAAUCAAUUCUUCAUAGAGAGCAUUUGAUUGGCACAGCAUAUAGAUUUGCCAUACAUGCACACUUACCUCCUAAAACUGAUCACAGCCGCCGGGGAACUAUGGCGACACUUUUUACUCAUGUAAUAAAUAUAUACUUGUUGUAAAAUAACAUGGUCGGGUAAGACAAGGUAUCUGCAUGUCACAUUCACAAAGAUGUGCCCCCUCCUUUUGAUUUUACCUCUCGUGCCAGGGGGCAUGGAGGCUCUCAAUGUCCACUGCUUGUUGCAGUAACUGAAUGCCCUGUUAUGAGACACUGGCCACUCUAAGCUGGGAGGGGAGUACCACCCUCUCCCACUCCGCAACAGUUUUUAGGGCAUUGCCCCCAUAAGUGAUGAAAGGAAACUGUGUGUCCACAAAGUAAAUUCUUUUUUGCUUUUAAACAUUUAAAAUAACGAAGGUUGUGCAUCGAGAAUUUACAUUGUAGAACAUUGCUCUUUAACCCAAGUUAGACACAUUCCUUAUGUGCUAGCGUUGUGCAUGCAUGGAGGGACUAGAAGCCUCUGAUAGGCAAUUUCUCCCUGAAGAGACUGUUGGUCUCUUUUAAAGGAAAAAGGUAUGGGCUUGCAAAGGCUGCAGCUUUGUAAGAUCUUUUAAGAUAUACCCCCUAAUGAAUGCAUGGAUGUAUUAUGACUUUUUUUUUGUUUUUGUUUUUUGCCCAUUUGGGCAGUAGUGUCCCCUAUAAUAUAGAUUGGACUGUGGAUGUUUAAAAAAAAAACAAACAAAAAAACCCACUAAAUUCAAAGAUAUUGGAUCGUAACAUUUCAAGUCCUGCACUUCUAGCCAGGCUUCAAAAUGUACUUGCCACUGGAAAACAUGCAUUAAAGCGGCACUGUCUUGCCGAAUCCUGUUUUGCUUUUUUAACCCGCCUCCACUAUCUCUAAUGGACACCUUAGUCACUCCCAAAUGUCCCUAAGUCCCCCACAUUACCUAUUUUUUAUCUUUAUUUUCUGCCCCGAUCUUUCUUUAUUCAGGGCGCCGCCAUCUUUGUGUGGGUCGAUGAAGUCCCUGUUGGACACGUCAUCAGCCCACACUAGAUGGACUGUGAGAUUCCUGCACAUGCCCAGUUAAACACCUGGACAUGCGAACAGGAAUUUCAUCCAUUCAUUCAUUCAUUCAUCAGACAGACGAAUGAAUAGAAAAAUUAGACGAACAAACUAACACUGUGUAUCAGUGAUCGCUUGUUUGUUCAGUUUAUUACAAGGAGGGAGCUACCAGCACGCAGCUCCCUCCUUGUAAUAUGUAAAGAUAGAAGCUGCAGGGAGCAGUGCUCCCCACCACUUCCUAAGUCCCCCAUGUCCUCCCUCACUCUAUGGGGGUCAAUAUGACUCCCAUAAUAGCACAAGGGAGAUUAAAAUCUCCCCAAUGCAUGUCCAGUGAGCAGUGAGUGGGCUGCUCACAAAAAAAAAAAAACUAUCCGCCCCCCACCCCUGGGCGAUUGGUGGGGGCAAUGAUGAUAAUAUGGGGGGGGUGGGGGGACCUACUGGCCUUCUCCCCCCACCCCUGGGCGGCAGCCAUAAUGAUAAUCGGGGGGGGGACGGGACCUACUGUCCUAGGAUUUGACCCCUAAAUGGCAGAGAAUUGAACAGGGAGACUGCAGGGUGUGAUUUAUACACAAAAACUGCUUCAUUUAGAUGGUUGUUUUGAGGACUAUAGUCUCUUUAUGACCUUUUUAAGGAAACUUGGCGUGAUACAAUUUUAAGGGACACUCCGAACCCCUAAAGCACUUAUUGUUUUGGUUUUGGUUUUUUCUUCCUUAUUUUACAAAAAGGUUUCAAUAGAAAUUGGCACUUGUAUAAAUUCACUUUGUUGCAAUCCCCUCUUCCUUGCUUUUAAGCGGGCAUGUCUUGAUAUGAACUGGUUUGUUUAGCUCUGUGUAGCUUAACUCAAAAUGCAUGAAAUAACUCUGAGCACCAGGCUUGCAAAUACUUCUCACUGGGAAGUCUGAUUGGACAGCCACGGACAGUCUGGGCAGGGUUAGAAUGAGAGGGUUCGUGAAUGCUUCAGACAUGAGAAAUACUGCUUUUGCAGGCUUUUUUUUUUUAAAUGUACACCCUCAAUGCAUACCUGAGAAACUGUCACAAUUUGGCUUUGAGGAAGAUUAAUUGUCACCCUUGCUGAAAUCUGAUCAGCCCCAAAUUGCUUGUAUAUGGUUAAUGGCAGUUUAUGUAAAUUGGAAUACAUUUAUAAUUCUAUUAAAUAUUGUAUUUAUGUUCAAAACCUAUGUGGUGUUUUUUUUUACCCAUUACAUUUAUAGAGCAUAAGAUGUGCUUUAAUUACUUUGGCAAAUAUGCUAAGUUGACUUAUUUUUAUUUUUUUUUCUUCUUCUUCUUCAGGUUGAGUCAGAGCUGAAAUCCAUCUGUAAUGACAUUCUGGAUGUACUGGACAAACACCUCAUUCCAGCUGCAACCACUGGGGAGUCCAAAGUUUUUUACUAUAAAAUGUAAGUACAACGUAUGAACUGUUUGCAAUAUUAUGUAAAACUUAUUCCACCCCUGUUCAAUUUUCAUUUGACUUGACAUCUUUCCUUGGUAUAAGUUCACUUACUUCCGACAACCAUCAUUAUAAUAUGCUUUGAUUUAGAGCAACUAAUGCAGUGUUGUCUGAUUACCACUGAUUGUAUGUAGACAUUAACAAUGCAAUACAGGAACAUAUCCAGUUAUGUGACCACUAGACUGCAUGCUUUGUCUGCAGACACUUUAAUAGUUUGCUUGGUGGCUAUUCACAAAGGAAAAAUAAAAAUGGUGCUCGCAUACCUUGUGGCUUUCUGGUAUAUUUUCUUAUUUUGUUACCAGAACCAUUUUAGGCAAUUUAAAUAGAAAAAUAUGAACAGAUCUUUCACAUCUGUUCUCGUUGGUGUAUUCCGUGAUUUGGGUAAAUGGAAAAAAUGAAUUGGAAAUCGAGUAAAUAUUUGGGGCAGACUACAAAUAAUGCCAUUUACCAUACUGCUGGUUCUUUAGUGUGAAACAUGUUACUGUUUUUAAAUGAAACUGGGAAGGAUGUUAGAUUACUGUGAAGUUACUGGUUUUCUGUGUUCUACAUAUUGCCUAACCUAAAUAAAUGUUAUUCAGAAAAGGGGAGGUUGUUGAUAAUUUUUAAAGUACAAAGGGUCUUUCAUAAAAGGACACUCCAAUUGGCAAAACCGAAGUUAUUUGCAUGGAUUAUGAUUGCAAGAAGCCAUAUGUAUUCCUGCACUCCAUUGCUUAGAACUGAAUUAGUUGCAUCUUCCCCUUUCCCACAAACAACUUCAAAUACAUUGGGGAAGCAGUACAUUUCCCUUUGCGGGGACUUAUAAGACAUUUGCAUUGUAUGAUUGCCACAUGAGUUGUAUCUACCUCUGUCAUGCUCUCCCAUAGAUUUCUUUCCGACCCAAGAAUAAGCCCCUCUCGUAUGAAAUGUCUGUGUAUUUUAUUUUAAAGAACACUCCAGAACCCUAAAGCACUUUCGCUCGCUUCUGCCAUAUACUUUUGGACGGAUAGUAUUUCAAAACUGACCGCCUCUAUGGUCUUGCUAUUUAGUCUUCCCUUCUGUGCAGGAAGUGAAAGACAAACACUGUCUGACCCAAGGUGCAUGUUUUGUGUAUAUGGCAGAAGGAUCAUUUCAAUGUUAGUUAGUAAUGAGUCUUUAAAACUUUGGUGUUUUUUUUUUUUUGUUAUACUUUUUUUUCUUUUUAUAUACAUCUAUAAAUUGGAUAAAAACUGAAAUUCAUCUCCUGUACAAUACUGAUAUAGUCCAAAGGCAGCUCGAUCACCAAAAGCGGAGUCUCUCUCGUCCGAUAGGGGGUAGGAUAAAACAGGAAAAGAAGGUUCAGCGCCUGAAGUGUCAUUUAGGGAAUGUAUGCAAUGACAAAAAGGACUGUGAGUGUACAAUUUUUAUUCCCCUUACUCUGGCAAGAAGUUUUUAACUUGCUACUCUCAGUGUUAUUUGUAUUUUCUUUUUUGUCAUUGCAUCAUUCCCUGAAGGACACUUCAGGUGCUGCACCUUCUUUUCCACAUUUAUAAAUUAACAUUAAAACACACCCCUGGCUGUCAAUCAGCCAGUCCUGUUACUUCCUGGUUGUUUAGCGCAGUAGACUUAAACUCGAGGCAGGCAAUUGCCCAGAGCUCCUGCCUUGCAAAGUCUUCUCAUACAUGUUUUCGUUUGGGCUUUAUCUAGUAAAUGGUGAUAUUUAGGUAGUGGAGUGUCCCUUUAACUGCUCGAUAGAUUUUCUUACUAAUCACAAGUGGAAGUGAGCAGCUCUGUUCAUAGAAAUGUGAAAAGCAAUUAGAUAUGAUAGCACUGUGCUAGUUCUAGCUUUUAGGGACCUGUACCAGUCAUUUGAGAGCUAACUUGCUGCAAAAAAAAACUUUUACGUCACAGCUUGGUUGUUAAUUUUACCUCCAUUUUGUUGUUCUGCUUUCAGGAAAGGAGACUACCACCGAUAUCUGGCAGAGUUUGCCGUAGGAAACGACCGGAAGGAAGCUGCAGAAAACAGCUUGGUUGCUUAUAAAGCUGCAAGUGAUAUUGCCAUGACAGAACUUCCUCCAACACAUCCCAUUCGUUUAGGUCUCGCACUUAAUUUCUCUGUCUUUUACUAUGAAAUUCUUAAUUCCCCUGACCGUGCCUGCAGGUAAGUGAAGUGAUGCGUAAUAAAAAAAAAAAAUCUUUAUUUUGAUGUGCCAUAAGCAAAUUAAAGACAUAGAUUGAUAUCCCUUCUAAACUAUUUUUUUCCAUUUCCGUGUCCUACCAAAGCGCCCUCGGGUUUAUUCAUAAAAGGGAGACGCCCAAGCUAGCAUUCUGUAUAUUAAAGGGUUUCUUGGAAAAUCAAAACCAUGACUGCUCACUCCGUGAUGUGAGUAGUACGAUGGCACUGUUUUGUAGAAGGGGGCAAACAUUCUUUCAGCAGUUGGCUCUUACUUGACUCCCACAGUGCAUUGAACCUCCCUCAAUGCUGGAAUGGUCAUAUCUGGGUUCUGCAGACCAGCAGAGGCUAGAUUCCGAUGUAGAUAGUCAUUCAUAGGCUGAGAGAAUCAGCCGGACGUUCUUAGCCAGUGAAUGAAUGUCUGAACAAAAUUCAGAUUAAAAAGUUCCAGGCUGGCUAACGUAAAAUAUGUUAAUAUGUGCAGCAUUUCAUACUGAAAUGUUAGACAUACAGGGUCCUUGCACUAUGGUCACCAAAACACUAAAAUGAUCUAGUGCUUGGAGUAACUGUUUAAAGGGACACUAUAGUCACCCAGACCACUUCCGCUCAAUGAAGUGGUCUGGGUGCCAGGUCCCUCAGGUUUUAACCCUUCACAUGUAAACAGCAGUUCUAGAGAAACUGCUAUGUUUACAUUUGGGGUUAAUCCGGCCUCUAGUGGCUUCCGGACAGCCACUAGAGGCGCAUCUGCGACGCUGAAGGAGAGUUUCGCCUCAGUCGCACAGAGCGUCCAUAGGAAAGCAUUGAGAAAUGCUUUCCUAUGGACCCUUUGAAUGCGCGCACGGCACUUGCGGCACAUGCGCAUUCCGCUCCACUCGGGAGCUGUCGUGGGGGAGGAGAGGUCGCCAGCGCCGAGAGAGCCCGGUGCUGGAUUAAGUGGCUGAAUGGGGUUUAACCCCUUCAGCGCCACUGGAGGGGGACCCUGAGGGUGGGGGCACCCUCGGCACUAUAGUGCCAGGAAAACUGCUUUGUUUUCCUGACACUAGUGAUCCUUUAAGCAGAACUGUUACAUGGUGUUGACUACAUAGUAUCUGUAUCCAUCUGAACAUAUUGCUCCAGCAAAGGUUAGAGGGGGCAUUGAGAAGAAGGAAUGUGGUAGAUCGUGUCCUUGAAUUGUUCCAAUUGAAGGAUGUUUAGGGUAAACUAGGUUGAUGUCUGCAGUUAUGUUAGACCUAACCAAUUAUAGGUUGCUGUACUAAAUGGAGAUUGAGGGGAGAGGAAGCACUAAGGUCAGGGCUUAAAAUUAAGCCAUAUACCAUUUGCCUCUACAAGCCUGGAGUCAGUGGCACAUUCGGCAUGUUAAAUUUCUACACGCCAAAGGCUAGGCGAGAGAGAGGAAAUUUUGCAUUUGUUCCUCUUUUGGGAAGUGACCCAUUAUAAAUGUGCAUAGGAAAGUCCUUCUUUGGUUCAAAAGGUGGUUCACUGGGGGGGGAAAAAUAACAGGAAUAAUAAAUGACGACUGAGUGCUCAUAAGAAUAUGUUCUCCUUGGGUGGAGGCUUAUUCACUACUGCAUUUCCAGGUUGACUAACCAUUUUCUGCAGUGGAGAACUGGUUCUAAAAAAUGUAGCUCAAUUAGUGUUUCCCAACUGCUGCAAAUUGUGCAUGGCCAAGCAAAUCUGUCAUUAAAAUAUCAAGUUGCUAAAUGGGAAUCUCGAAUCUGACCUGUAACUAUCCAGAAUCAUCAACUAGUGAGAGGUGCGCUUCUCCUGUACACUGGCAAAGGGUUUUCACUUCCUGAAGCUUGAUUUAGCUUGCACCCACCGACUUACCUGCUUCUUGGCCUAGCUGACAAGUCCUGCAGGGUUCAAAGAUUCCACAACAGCUAACACUUUAAGAGAAAGAUCCAUAAGAUUUUUUUUUCUUUCUUUUUUUUUUUCUUCUGGGAGCUUUGUGACCCAGCAUAAAGAGGAAAGUUGUACUUCCUAUAGAGAAGCAUUAGAUUCAACAAUGCUUUUCUUCUAGAAGCUUUGCAGAUGCAGUGCUACCGUUGGCAUGCAUGUACCCUGCAUUCGCUCAAAGUUGUUUUAUGCAGUUUCUAUGUCUACUUUAAUAAUCUGAUUUAUUUUUAAUAUAUGUUGAUUCAAAUGUUACAUGGAAUGAGUACAUAUGAACUGUAAGUGUAUCUUAAAGGAGCACUAUACGGUCAGGAACACAAACAUGUAUUCCUGACCCUAUAGGGGUAAAACUACCAUCUGGCCCAUCAUGCCCCUAAUAUAGUAAAAUCUUACUUGUAUUAAAUUCUCGAGCUGCAGGUUUUCUUCCCGUUUCCUGUAGACCUGCCGACUGCCUGCUGACAUCAGCAAAAGUGGUAGCCUGAUCCAAUCACAAUGCUUCCCCAUAGGAUUGGCUGAGACUGACAAAGAGGCAGAUCAGGGGCAGAGCCAGAAUGAUUCAAACACAGCCCUGAACAAUCAGCAUCUCCUUAUAGAGAUGAAUUGAAUCAAUGAAUCUCUAUGAGGAAAGUUCAGUGUCUGCAUGCAGAGGGAGGAGACACUGAAUGUUGGGUGCAUUUUAGGCAGCCAUGACCCAGGAAGGAUCUCUAACAGACAUCUGAGGAGUUUCCAGGGAAGUUAUCACUUGGCUGUAAUGUAAACACUGCCUUUUCUCUGAAAAGACAGGGCUUACAGCAAAAAGCCUGAAGGGAAUGAUUCUACUCACCAGAACAAAUACAAUAACCUGUAGGUGUUCUGGUGACUAUAGUGUCCCUUUAAACACUAAUGUAUACUGCAAGUCCUUGUUCACUAUCAAUACUGAAAUUUAACUGCCCUUUUCGAUUUGGAAGUACUAAAUGGACAUAGCUGGAGAUGGGAAGAAAGUGGACAGAAUGUUUUAGUUGGCAGUGUUCUUCUGUAGAUAAGCAGCUUUAGUAUUGACAGAUCAUGUCCUUUAAUCCUGGUUAAGGUCACAGCAAUAAAUCAGAUAUGUUGAGAUAAGGGGAACAGAGCUACAAGUUAAUUAACCAAUGUCUGCUUAUCCUGACUAUUACAGGUUGGCCAUAAAUUAUGCUAUCCAGAGAAACAACUUGAACGCAAUUGUUACAAUUUCAGCUAAUUAUUGAUCUGUUUUAUGUAGGUUGGCAAAAGCAGCAUUUGAUGAUGCUAUUGCAGAACUGGACACACUGAGUGAAGAAAGUUACAAGGACUCCACGCUUAUCAUGCAAUUGUUACGUGAUAAUCUGACACUAUGGACUUCAGAUAUGCAAGGCGAUGGUAAGAACAUUUCUUUAGUUUUUUUGGACCUAGAGGUAAAUUCUAAGUGUAUAAAAUCUUUUUGUCCUUGUUACUGGUUGUGAGUUGGAAUACAGCAAUGUGAUGUACCAUAAGCAAUUCUGCAAAAAAAUUACAAACAAAUUAAAAAGGCCAUCCUAGUGAAGUGGAGGCAGAUUUUUGAGUCACUGGCUUAUAACUAGUGAUGUCCCGAACGGUUCGCCGCGGACUCAUCAUUCCAGCCAAUCAGCAGCAGACCCUCCCAACUCCUGGACAGCUCACUAAGAAUGCAGCUUAAAAAUGGAUGCUGUCAAGGAGGUGGGAGGGUCUGCUGCUGAUUGGCUGGAAUGAUAUCAUUAGUCCGCGGCGAACCGUUCGGGACAUCACUACUUAUAACAGCUUAAUUUACAGAACUGAGGAAGAUAAGGAUGAAACUCAACAAUGAACAAAAUAUCCAUUGUUUUCCAAGUAUAACUUUUUUGCUGGAUGUUUAAUCAUUUUAAGAUGCAACUCGGUGAUUAUGAAUAUUGUUAGUGGACAUUCUGUGCAUUUUCUUAUACAAGGCUGAUCUGGCUAAAAUAUUCAUCUUUGGUCACCUUUGUCCUCACGCUUUCACUAUCACAGCGGUGCACACGUGGUUGGAAACACUGAAGAUACUUAAAUAUUUUUUUUUUCCCCCUUCAUUUGUGCUUUUAUGCUUUUAAUCUUUCACACAAUCCUAUUCUCCCCUUUUUUGUGUAGAUUCCUAAAGGAAAACCCAAGUGUUUCUUAAAUACUCUUUGUAAGUUCAUUUGUUGACUGCCCAAGAAAUUGCCUUGUUACUUUUUCAUUAUAACACCUGCAUCUUUUUGUCUUAUGUCUGUUUUGUGUCCUCCAUAUCUGGCAAAUGUUGGCACUUUGUAUGUCAAUGGAUUGUUUUUGAGAAUUAAAAUAUUUGUUUUGCUAGAUGGAAAGCACAAAAUGUCUCUGCAUGACCUUACCAAUCCCAAUCUUGGUUUAGAUUUUUGAAUGCCCCUUAAAUGACACUGCAUGCUUUAGACCAUAGUUCUGGUUGCAAACACUCCUCCUUGUUAAACAGCCAUGUAACAAAUAAGUUUUUAAUCACAUUGGUGAUUGUGCCUUAACAUAAUUUCCUCUUCAUUAAGUGGCAUUAGCUGGCCUAAACCAAGAACAGGAGUUGCCAAUUUGUAGAUAUCCAGCUGUCUUGGAUAUGACAACUCCUAUGAUAUGGAAAUGUUCUCCUGAAAUUACUGGAGGGCUACCACGUUACUACUACUGAACAAGAAUUCAGGGGUUAAACACAUCCUCAAAUCUUGUUUGCAGCAACAUAACCCACACUGACCAGAGUCUUUCCUUUCUUAGAAUGAAGGGUUUUCGUUUGAAUUUUAUUACCCAUUGUAUUUUGAACAGUUAAUGACUUCAGAGUUAUUGAAUUAAUAUUUAACUAACAGCAGUGCUGUGCAAAUGAGUGUUGUGUGGUUUUAAUUUGAUUUUAAUGCAAACCGCAUGCUUUUUAAAUUUGGCCAUUGAUUUUAUUUUUGAAAAAGAUUUCACUAAUGUGCUUCUUUUUUAUAUAUAUCAUUGAGUGCUGAAUAGGUUUUUCUUGCUAAAUUUUUAUAAAUCUAAUUUUAUAUUUGUGUUGCUUUUGUUACCAUCUUAGCUUUUUGUGAGCUUUCUCUUAAAGGAACACUAUAGAAACCAAAACCACUUUAGCACUGCUAAAUUUUCGGCCAUUUGGGAGUUAAAGUACUUUGUUUAUGCCGUCUCCGUCACACCUCCCAGAAUGUAAAUUGCACAGCCUUCUAGACUCUGCCGGAGACUCCUGUAUGUAAUUUAAGUUAAAUUUAUAGAGCAGGCGAUAAAAACGUCUAAAGAAAGUUAACAUCUGAUUGAAACGAAGCCUUUUUUUCAUGUAGGUUGUCAGUCACGGCUAUGGACUGACAACCUGGCUAGGACUGCGUAGAAGAAAAACAAGUUUUAACUCCUAAAUGGCAGCUAAUUGAAGACUGCAGGGGCAUCAUCUAUAUACAAAAACUUCCUCAUUAAAUGGACAGUUUAGGCACUAUAAUUUAAUAUAAAUGAAGUUAUGGUGCCAGGAGCCCCCUGGACACUCUUACCACAAGGGGUUAACCCCAAAGUAAUCUCAAUGGCCUCUGACUUCUGAAAUCUGUUUCUGGAAGCACAGGGUGCUGCCACGCAGGGGCACCACUGGUGUACUGGCACUUUGAGCCAAUCAGUGACUCCUCAUUUAUAAAACUGGCUUCAAAAGGUAUGUCCGUUGACUGUUCUAAGCCAAUCAGCGGCACCUCUACCCUGGAACUGUGAUUUCAGAAGCCAGGUGCUGCCUAGGGGAAGUUGAGAUCCGAGCUGCAGGCUUACUUUGAGGUUAACCCUUAAGGUAAGAGUACGCCCAGAGACCUCCUGGCCCCAUAACUACAUUUAAAUGAAGUUAUGGUGCCUGGAGUGUCCCUUUUUAAAGCAAGUUGUUUUGAUGCCUAUAAUAUCCCUUUUUAAGUAGGUAAACUGCCACCAUGCAGAAUGGCAGUGGAGCAUGCUAUGCAUAUAAACAAGCAGUGGAUGUUUUUAUAAAGGCACAUAGACCACUUAAUCUCCUUGAAUUCAUUAAAGUGGUCUGGAUGCAAUGGUCCUUAAAGGACCACUAUGGUGGUCCAUCUAGGGCUAACUCUGCAGCUGUAAACAUAGCAGUUUCAGAGAAACUAUGUUUACACUAGGGUUUAUCCAGCCUCUAGUGGCUGUCUCAUUGACAGUCGCUAGAGGCGCUUCUCACUGUGAAAAUCAGUGAGAAGACGCUGACGUCCAUAGGAAAGCUUGAAGAAAUGCUUUCCUAUAGACUGACUGAAUGCGUGCGCGGCUCUAUAGUUUCCUGGCACUAUAGUGGUGCUUUACCCCUGGGUUUAAAUACACCUCUAGCGAUUGCACUGUGAGUGAAGUCACACUCCAUUCUCACCACUGGCUUCUAUUUCAUAGGAGGAGCACAGCACUGGCUUGGUGCUGAAACGCUUUAUGGAUUUGGAAUGUUCCUUAAUGUCUGGUUUGGUAUAACUUUUUAUGUCUUUGGGUUUUUAAGGCAUUGAUUCCAAGACCAGUCUUUGCUGAACUUGAAAUUGGAUAAAAUGUUUACAUUUGCAUCAGAUGCAUGACAUUCACCCUGGCAUCUUUUGCAAGUAUGCUGGGAAUGUAGAAAAUCAAAGAAACAGAAUAUCUUGGUACAAUGGUGAUGUCAACUGCCCAUUAGGUACAGAGUUGUUCAGUUUGGAUUUCUUUUCUGCUUAAAGGGACGUGCAUCACUCUAAAACUGUUUGUUCAAAAACUUUCAUUUUAAUUCAGUUGCCUCACUCUGCAGACUGUAAAGAAUUUUUAUUUAUUUAUUUUUUAAAAGAGUAUAUUUUAUUUGCUUCUUAUACUUUCCCAAUCAUUCCACGGGUGAAGGAAUGCUGGAGAAGUGCAUUGGGCAUUUCUGACAGUUUAACAUAUGUGCAGUUAGAGGAUCUCUUCACCUUGCAACAUCCUGAUAGGGGGAGAAGAGGGAGUUUGAUCAGGCUCUGGUGUUUCUCUCUCCUGCUGCUGCACAAUUAUGUUCGGUAUCAAUCAUUAGUGGACAGGUAUGAGGACUGGGAAGGGAAUUUCAAUAAACAUCCUUCGCUAAGAGGUGUGCCCAUAAAUACAAUCUGAGCAAAUUUGUAGUAAUUUUUUUUUUAUUAUAUAAACCAGCAAACACAUUUUGAUGGAUUUCUUUUAUUUUGGUUUAUAAAAUAGUUUAGUGAUGCAUGUCCCUUUAAUCCCACUGUAACCUUACUCCCAGUAAUUAACUCUGCCCAGGACAUUAGGUCUUUAUAAGUAUUAUGAUCCUUUUAAUAGUCUGAUAAUUCACUGGAAAAUGAUGGAAUGAAUGCUGUGGAAAUAAGAAGAGCCCUCUAUACAAACUUUGGUACAAUUCAUUAGUUGCACAAGUCAUUCCAUCUGAUUUAUGGGAACAGCCAAAAGUUUAUAGGUUUUCUCACACAAAUUUUAAUGGGUAGUCUUAUGUUGGAUAUAUUUUUGACUGCUGCAAAUGUAAGUUAACAGGACACUAUAGUCACCAGGACCACUAAAACUUAAUUUAGUACUUCUGGUGUAUAGGGCAUGUUCCUGUAGGCCCAGAAAUGUAAAUGUUGCCUUUACAGAGAAAAGGCAAUGUUUAUAUUGCUGCCUUUCAACACUUCUAGUGGCAGUCCCUCAGAGGGCCUCUAGACAUGCUUCAUAUUUCAGUGCUGCGCUGGAUGAGGCACCUACGUUCUGCUUCUCCAUGCAGAGCAUAGAGCUCUAAUGCUUUAAGUGCAUCUCUGAGGAGAUUUCUUCUUGGCGUUUUUGCAGUGCAUGCGCAAUAGCCUCUCAAUGCACUCUUAUGGGAAAGCAUUGGACUGGCUGAAAUAAAGAUUAUCUCCGCCAUGGAGGUGGGGCCAGCUGUGACAGUUGAGAAAAGUAAGUAAACUUCCUUUUAACUCCAUUCUGGAGGGGAGGGGUGGACACCUAAAUGGGUAGUCCGGCACUAUAGUGUUAAAAAUACAGACUUGUAUUACUAACAAUAUAGUGUUCCUUUAAAGGCUUACAGCUACCGCUUUUAAAACAUUGCACUUUAAAGUUAAUAUGCCCCAUUGGACAUUGUCAAUUAGGUCCUCAUCUAUAUUUGGCAAUAAAACCUGCAAACCAUGUUUAACUGAUCUCCCAACAACCUCUUCCACACAUCUUCCUACAGUGGUUUAUGUGGUUUCAAGCAUAUCUACUUAUCACCAGGGGUUAGUGGAAAUGCUUUAUAAAUAGAUAGCCGCCAUAUUUUCAGAAUGCACACAGCUUGAUUAAUGAAUUUGAUUUAUCUGACAACUGGAACUGGGUUCAUUCGGGUUGCCUGACGUAGGGCUGUACAGAGAAUUUCCUUCUCCCCAAAUGACAGCAGCUUGUUUUGGUUUUUUUAAACGACUCACACUUUGUCUGCACCAUCAACUAUAAUGCAAAGUAGUAUUGGUGUUUAGAAUGACUCUGAAAAGUAUCACCCACUGAUUUGCUGUGUGUAAAAUAAAUAAAUAAAAAUAAAAGCUUUUUCUUACCUAGUUGAAAAUGAUGUGGUGAUUUGGUAUGUUUAAUUUCAAGAUUUUCUGUUCCUGGUGGCAAAACUGGGAUGUUUUCACUCUGCCUUAUGCCAAUUAACUGUAAUUUUUAGGGGUGUUUAACAUUGUGGCUUUGUAAGUUUAGCUACUGGAAAGUAAUUGGCUUUUUCAAGAUGUAUGAUUGUGAUGUUAGUACAAGCCUUUUCUCAUAAUGGAUUCUUAUAUUGCCAUGUUUCAGGAGAGGAACAGAAUAAAGAAGCACUGCAGGAUGUGGAAGAUGAAAAUCCGUGAAACCAUAAAAGCCAAGAAGAGACCCUCUAACCAACUGCCCCUUCCCUCCAAAUAUCCCGUCUCACUCUGAGGACCAUCAAAAUUUGACUUUUACACUGGUUCUCAGGAUUUAGGUUCCUGCCCAGUUGGGUGUAUCAUUUUUACACAGUUUAAGAAUUCUUAAAGGCAAGAGUGAAUGACUGGGGAUUUUGCUGCUGCUGCCAGCCAUCUUAGGUUCUUUAAGACACUAACAGGACUGCAUAGAGGCUUUUUCAGCAUUAGAUUGUCUCCGUGCCAUCCAGCACUAUAAACUCUUAGAAACACAUAGAAUGAGCAAAAGACGUUACUCUUUAGGGCAGACCAGAGUCAAUCGCACUGUAGAAUUUGUGUGGUGGCUUAUUUUAUUUUAUAAAUGUUUUGAGUUAAAAUUCAUACUAUUGUUUAAAAUGUGGUUAGAGCUUGACGUUGCAGAUUGCUUCAGAAUGUCCUUGUAGUGAUUUUGCUGUAAAAGUGUUUUCAAACUGUGCAAAAAUGUUGCUGAAAACUCUGGUGCUGGUAACACGUCAACAAUCCGAGUUUAUUCAUUCUUGCCGUCUUUUUACUUUUCUCUCCUCAGAGCAGGUUAGCAUUGGAGCUGGUGUUGAAUAGCCUGCAUGCGUGUUUAAAUUUAUUAUUUUUAUUAUUUUUUCUGUUUUUCUAUCUUCUCCCCUCUCUCCCCUUCUCUUGCUCAACCUAUCUUUCGUUCAGUAUGUGUAACUUGAAGCUAAUUUGUACUACUGGAUAUCUGACUGGAGCCACAGAUACAGAAUCUGUAAUUGUUCUUACUGAAACACAGCAUGGAAUUAACAUUAAACUUAAAUAAACAAACCUAAAUUAAAAAUGCCAAAUAUUACUGUUACCUGAUCUUUCUUAUUGUCUGUGUUUUUAAAAUUGUAUUGAUAGUCAAAGCCCAGCAUUGUUAGAAUAUUGUCUUGUCACAUCUGAAGAUGUAACACACAGAUGGUUGAGUCUUGAUCCGUAACAUUUGUUUGACAGCCAUUAACAAUUCUUUUUCGAAAUUUAUAAUCGUGUGGUUGUGCUAAUAUUUGGAUAAACGUAAAAUUGUUCAGCUUGAUUUGUAAGUAUUUAAACCUUUAAUGGGGAUGAUUUUAUCUUUAAGUUUAGACUGUUGGAGGGGGGGCACUAGAACUAGCGUGACAUUUGGCUUUUUGUCCCUGAAUGGUGUAGUCUUUUCAUAUUUCAACAAAAAGACGACCCACGUGUAAUUGGCUUCCUUUAAAGAAAUAAAAACAUCCAUAAAGUGAACAUAUUCCUUUCAUUUUCAUUUGCCAGAUGUUCAAAUAUAGAUUGUCUUGUUUUACGUGCUGAAAGCAUUUGUAUGUGGUCAUGUACACUGAAGUGCAAGUCUUAAAACAACCAGUCACAUACAGACUCACUACUUGCUGUUUUUUAACCAAUAUUUUAUUAUUUUAAUACCAAACGUAAUGCAUCUAAGAAAUUUAAAGUAAUUCAAGGACAAUCUUCAUAUAAAAUUGUUCCUCCCAAGGCAUUCUCUAGAACUCUGCUCUGUGAGAUUCACCAUCAGGCGAAGCACUUAAUUUUCAAGAUUGCUCCAUGCCAUGUUCAUAUUGCAAUGACAGAAAGCAGUCUUAGAGGUGUGCAUGUGCUCCCAACAGUGAAUCACAGUGAAUGGCAUUGCAUGGUGAGAACUUUUUUUUGUUUGUUUGUUUUGUUUUUUUAUAGGAAACCUAUAAGCAUAUAGCUUACUGGUCAAAAUAUUAUUUCAAAGAAAAACAUUAAUGUUUAGAACACACAUGUAAUGCAAACAUUAAAAGAAGCUUAAAACUAAUUAUUUUAAAGCCUAAUACUCAUGAGCAAACCUUAAAUAUGGAUGUUAAAAAUUAGACUAUAUAGAAGUACGGUGCAAUGUAAAAAAUACCACUUCUUUGAAAAGCAGUUUCUCACAAUAUUUGAUGUUUGGCCAAACAUGCAUACCAGAUGAGAUUAUGAAACGCUUAUUGCAAUGUUCAUGCAGUGCAUUGGGAAAAAAUAAAUACGCAAUUGAUGCCCUAAUAUGCCGAAAUGAGUUUAUGGCUUUUAUAACUAUUGGAUACAUAUUGAAUUAUACAAACACCAAGACAACAAAGAAAAUCUAAAGUGGUAAAAGUUUUAACGUUUAUCAGGAAAGAAACUAGUAACUAUAAGACUGCCUGAACAAAUCGAUCCAUACAGGAUUUGCCUGUGGAGUCUUGUUCAAUAAAUGGAAGCUACUGGUAAAUCCUGGAAUGAUUUGAUUAUUUUGCAUGCAGAUUGAAAGGAAAGUGAUUAGUACCGGCUGAAACACAUUCGUUCAAACAUUUAGUAAUUAAUCUAUCAUGAAGUGUCAGGUCUGUAUAUCCAGCCUCUUGCCGCCAUGGGACUAGAUAGAAAAUGGUUCCUCAACCAUUCCUUGCUAGUACCACUUAUCACAAAAAUUCUAUUCCAGGAGUUAAUAAACAUUGAAGUACCUAAGACCACCGGAAAUGGUGUAAUCACAAACUGACAUUUUUAUUUUUGAAGCCUAUUUGUCCUCUGACACCACACGGUCAGAAUAUAAAUGUAAUAAAAUCACAACUUUGAAGAUGGUGACAAAUGCAUGGGGCUAAAGCAAAUUGAUAUUGGGUUCAGAUAGGUAUACUUUUGUGAUAUGACCCUCUCUCAACCUAAUUCUAAACAAAAAGCCGGACAUUCUAAAAUUCACCGUUAAAUAGGCAUGUUGGAAAAUCAAAAGAGAAAAUGCGGGGUGUGUUUUUUUUUUUUUUUUUUGUGAUUACACCUGAUAAGUGUAUAGUGUGGUAUCUCUGCUGGUAAAUUCUUGGAUUUGCUGAAAUGGUCAGUGACACUUUGUAACUGGAUAUAAAGCCUUCUAACAAGUGAAGCAUACUUCAAUAAACUGGUACACAAAAG